UGGUCUGAAAAUCACAUGACAUGGCGCUCCAAGAAUCCAUAAUUAUGUUGCUGAUAUUUUUGGCUCCAAAAAGUUGUCAGUGUCCUACUGUCCUUAUUCUCCUCGAGAAAAACCGUUACCACAGCAACACAAAAGACACCAACAACACCAACAAUAAAAAAGAAUGUCAUGCCAGGAUAACAUUGCUGCCGGUCAUUUCCUGAUGGAUUCUUUGAUGGGAGGAUCAUCAUCUUCCUAUAGAGGCGAGGGCUACUCCAGCAGCAACCCAGGAAUGUACAUCCACUCGGCUGCAUCUGAGUAUGGAUGCUCAAUGAUGAGACAUUUUGGAGUAGUUGGAUCGCCCCUUCCCAAAAAAGACGAGGUUCCUCUUGGUAGCCAUCCUCUCGGCUCCUACCAAGAUGCGCUUUACCUGUCAUCCCAACUGGGCACUUGGACCUCAGCUUCUAAAACUGACAGUGACGAGCAACCUGUUGCCCAGUCCAGUUUACAACCGUGUUCGUUUCCAAUCGACAACGUCAAAAAGGAGGCGUUCUGUUGUCUGUAUCAGGGUGACAGUAGCAGCAGGGCUAAUACGGACAAUACAGAGUCGGCUUCUUACAUUCGGCUUGGGAACAAUAGCAGCAGCCAGACGGACCAAACCGCUGUCUCGGAGGUGUCCCAAUGUUAUGGAGGAGUAAGACGGGUAUACACCGGAAAGAGCAGGGAACAGCGAGAGGAGCAGUUCGGGACAGGCUUUGCGUCUUUGUCCCCGGUGACGACAUCUGUUGAAUCACCAAGAGAAUCAACGGUUAACAAAUCUACGCAGGAGAAAGUUAGCGAGGAAACGGGCAUCGAAGGGGAAGAACAGCGGAAGAAAGAAGAGAGCGCAAAGACUGACAGUUGUUCUGAAAACUCUGACGAAUUGAAAGAUGAUUUUACAUUGGAAAAUGCUCCAGGAAACUGGUUAAAAGCCAAAAGUGGACGGAAGAAGAGAUGCCCGUACACGAAGUAUCAGACGCUCGAGCUGGAAAAGGAGUUCUUGUUUAACAUGUAUCUGUCUCGCGAGCGCCGCCUGGAGAUCAGUAAGAGUAUCGAUCUGACCGAUAGACAGGUCAAGAUCUGGUUCCAGAACCGAAGGAUGAAGCUCAAGAAACUCAAUAGUGAAAGUCGGGGUCGGGAUCAUCUUAUGGCGGCCUACAACUUCACCUGAAAUUAUAUGAUCUAUAAAACCCUUCAAUUUACACACACACACACACACACACACACACACACACACACACACACACACACACACACACACACACACACACACACACACACACACACACACACACACACACACACACACACACACACACACACACAAUAUCUCAACGAUACCCAAGAGUACACGACUUUAUGAAGGAAGGACUUCAGCACUUGAGUUUGCCUGAACAUGA